AUGCACUGUGUUAGCAGAGGAGGCUGCUACCUGGUGAACUCCUACUGUGAUCUUCACGAGGACAACCAGUGGAAGAAAGAGAGCUACCAAGCACGUUGGCUGACCCUGGUCAUUAAAACCAGACCACAAUACAAGUAGGUUGCCACUACAACACUGCACCGUUCUCUACUAUAUUCCCUCCAUUGUGUUAAUGUGAAGUUUGUUAAGCAUUUGUAGAUCUGUAGUCCCAGCCAGACACUGAGGCUGGGCAGUUACAACGGAGCCAUGAAAGACCACCACCUACCCUUCUUCAGCACCGGCAGGGACCCAAGUCAUGCCAGCGCCAUCUUUGAGUGCGCAGAAGAACACCCUGCCAUACCAGAGGGGCUGAAAAAUGGAGAGGAUAAACAGGAAUUGACUGCCAUAACUCAGGACCUUGGAAAGCCAAUCAGAGUGAACUUCAGUGCUUCGAGCUUGGUGUCCUCUCCAAGGGAGAUCUCUCAUCUCCGCAGAGGAGGGAGUGAAGCAAGAAGAUGCCUUGGAAGGAUAUGGAAAAUUGCAGUGCAGUAA